UUAAUGAAUGCAGUGCACGCCUUGAUAAUGAAAAUAUGGCUUCUGUCCACAGGAAACAAACUGCGUGAGCGUUCAGCGGCUCUCUGAAGAUCAAAUAUAAUCAUCAUCAGUGCUCACACAAGUGGCUGUGGUCUAGUCAUGGAGUGGCGGAUGCGCUUUGGGUCACGUCCCGCCUCUGCGUCACAUUCCCCGCCAGCAGAGACUCCCGCACGAGGUGCGCGCACGUAACAUUCCAAUUUGAAUGAAUUCAAAAUGAAUGACGGUUACUGAUCAACUGUCAAAAUUGAAAAUAUAGACGACGAUGAAUGCUUAAAGAUGGCUAGUCAGCGGAAAACGCAGUGAAAUAUACGUGUAAACACGGUUAAUUGUGGAAAAAGGGGAAUAAACGAACUUUUACCGGAUGAAUUACAAAAAACAACAGCACAAAAACGAUUUAAAAAUCUUUACAAAGCUCAGAUAUUAUCCACAGAGUCUGGUCAGGUGAAGGCAAGAUAAUAGCAGCAUUCAUUCCAGUCAUGUGAAAAAUCAGCAUCAAGGUGAAGGUGUCAGACUCACCUGCUCUCCACGACGACCCCGCCGCUGCUGCUGCUCCCGCUGCCCAUGCUGUCCGCUGCUCACCUGACGGCCGCUCACUCACUGACCGCUCUCAGCUCACCUGCUGCGUGUCCUUGUGCUCCUCGCCCACCUCCAGAGGAUGGCAGGAUAUGAGACAGCACCGUGUCUCCAUUAGAGACGUGAGUCAUGCAGUCGAGGACAUGUUGGAUAAUGGCUUAUCUCUCUCUCUCUCUCUCUCUGGAGGUCAUUGUGUAAAGCGAGGCUCUUAAUGAGCUGUAGGUCACAUGACUCCCUCUGCUGGCUCUCACUGAGCAUGCUCAGUUCACUGUGUUGUCAGGCAAAAAUAAGAGAGCACUAGAAGCAGAUCUGCAAUAGAUAAACACACGGCGGAGCAAGAGAUGGAGCAUUAAAAUGGAGGAUUGCUGCUAGCGCACAGUGACGCUGUCAUAUCAGAUGGUUUGUGCGCGCUGUCUUUAUUUAUUCAUCUGCAUCACGGUGGUGUCGUGUUGGAGGAGAAGGAGCCGUCGGGCUGGUGGCGCUCGCUCCAUCCUCUGAAGAAAGCGAACAGCUCAUCUUUCUGUCUCCCGUCGUCCCAGAGUGCCUGUUGUUUUGCUGAAAUGGAUCAGAAAAGCUUCGUCCUGUCGGAAACACGUCUGUGAACACCGGAGCCAAUGGAUAUUAAAGGCCAGUGCUGGACGGAUGAAGAAUCGGAUGGAGAGAAUGAAUCGGAGCAGUUCCUGUACGGUAUUCAGGGGAGCUGUGCAGCUGACCUGUACCGUCACCCGCAGCUGGACGCGGAUAUCGAGGCUGUAAAAGACAUCUACACGGACAGCGCUGUGUCCGUCAGAGAGUAUGGCACGAUCGAUGAUGUGGACAUCGACCUGCAAAUCAACAUCAGCUUCUUGGAUGAGGAGGUGGCGACCGCGUGGAAGGUGAUCCGUACGGAGCCCAUUGUCUUACGCCUUCGUUUCUCUCUUUCACAGUACCUGGAUGGACCAGAACCAUCGGUGGAGGUGUUUCAGCCAUCUAAUAAAGAAGGAUUCAGUUUGGGACUUCAACUAAAGAAGAUCCUCAGCACGUUCACGUCCCAACAGUGGAAGCACCUCAGUAAUGAGUUCCUCAAAGCCCAGCAGGAGAAACGACACAGCUGGUUCAAAGCUGGAGGAACCAUCAAGAAAUUCCGUGCCGGAUUGAGUAUCUUCUCCCCGAUCCCCAAGUCUCCCAGUUUCCCCCUGAUCCAGGACACAGUGUUGAAAGGCAAACUGAGCGUGCCGGAGCUCAGAGUCACCCGGCUCAUGAACCGCUCCAUCUCCUGUACCAUGAAGAACCCCAAGGGCGAGCUGUUCAGCUACCCUCCGAACAGCCAGACUGUGGCUGUCCCGGCGGGCAGGGCCCCUGCGCAGAUUACCACCCGCCAGCUGAUUGAGUUGUUUUUCUCAUCCCAGGCGGGCGGACACUGCAAGAACAUCCCCACGCUGGAGUACGGCUUCCUCGUGCAGAUAAUGAAAUACUCUGAGCAGCGGAUCCCCACUCUGAACGAGUACUGUGUGGUUUGUGACGAGCAGCACGUCUUUCAGAACGGAUCCAUGCUGAAGCCCGCGGUGUGCACGAGAGAGCUGUGCGUGUUUUCCUUCUACACUCUGGGUGUGAUGUCAGGAGCGGCUGAAGAAGUUGCCACAGGCGCUGAGGUGGUGGACCUGCUGGUGGCCAUGUGUCGAGCCGCUCUGGAGUCGCCCCGCAAAAGCAUCAUCUUUGAGCCCUACCCAUCCGUGGUCGACCCCAAUGACCCCAAAACACUCGCAUUCAACCCGAAGAAGAAGAAUUAUGAGCGUCUGCAGAAAGCUUUAGACAGUGUGAUGUCUAUUCGAGAAAUGACGCAGGGCUCGUAUCUGGAAAUUAAGAAGCAGAUGGAUAAACUGGAUCCUCUGGCUCAUCCGUUACUGCAGUGGAUCAUAUCCAGUAACAGGUCUCAUAUUGUGAAGCUGCCACUCAGUAGGCAGCUGAAGUUCAUGCACACGUCGCAUCAGUUCCUGCUGUUGAGCAGUCCGCCAGCGAAAGAAGCUCGAUUUCGCACCGCUAAGAAACUCUACGGGAGCACCUUCGCCUUUCAUGGUUCCCAUAUUGAGAACUGGCACUCGGUUCUGAGAAAUGGACUGGUCAAUGCCUCUUAUACUAAACUGCAGCUGCAUGGAGCAGCGUAUGGGAAGGGCAUCUAUCUGAGCCCCAUAUCCAGUAUUUCCUUUGGAUACUCAGGAAUGGGGAAGGGACAGCAUCGCAUGCCCACUAAAGAUGAACUCGUCCAGCGUUAUAAUCGAAUGAACACAAUGCCACAGCAGAGUCGGCCGAUACAGUCGCGUUUCCUCCAGAGCAGGAAUUUGAACUGCAUCGCUCUCUGUGAAGUGAUCACAUCAAAAGACCUGCAGAAACAUGGAAACAUCUGGGUGUGUCCGGUGUCUGACCACGUCUGCACACGCUUCUUCUUUGUGUAUGAGGACGGUCAGGUGGGAGACGCUAAUAUUAACACACAGGAGCCUAAGAUCCAGAAGGAAAUCAUGCGCGUCAUCGGCACCCAGAUCUACUCCAGCUGAACGGAUCGGUUUCCUGCAGAGACGGUCGAGACGGACACAUUUCCGGGCGGAAACAGAGAAGUGCCCGGCAUCUCUCUCUCCUGCCCGCUGUCGUUCCUCGACUCUAUUCCAUCUAUACUUUCUUUUUAGUAUGGGAUGCGGGUCUCCUCCGGUGUGGAUUUCCCGUGUGGGGCGGAUGAGCGACCCUCCGUUUAGAUGAGAUGAAGGAAAACUCCACACACGCUUUUAUCGAGUGCAAUAAGCCCCGCCCACGACCCUUUCUGACCUCUGAGUUGAGCUGCCGUCAGUCAAAAGCAGAUAAGCGCCUGAUUGGAGGAGACGUCGGCCAACAAAACUGUUCUGAUUUUCUCUCGCUCGAACUCUUUUUCAUAUCAGUUCCAAUCUGUUUGACGGAUCACUAAAUAUCCAUAAACAUGAAAAACAAAAAAAGUCAUUUAAAAAUGUUUUUCCAUCUCUGGAUAGUAAAUGAUGAAUCUUUGUGCAUUCUUAUUGUGUUUGUAAGACGUUAUCCGCUGCUUUUUCUGACUGAUGACACGUAUUAAUAUCCCAGAUGUAUUUAUCUCUGAGUUUCCUGCUGAAAUCAAUUUCCUGUCUUUUGUUCCUCAGCUCGCUGAGCUCCGCUUACACGCGUACAAGCGCUCGGCGUGAUUUAUCGCGGAACAGAACAUGGAUGAGAGGACAGGGACACGUCGUUACUCAUCUUUAUGCUUUUAUCUUCUGGAUGGCGCCGUCUGCGGCUUCUGAACCGGCGGGAAAGCGCGAGGUUUAGGGCCCUUCAGUGAUGUCAUCUGUCCUGUGGAACAAACUAAAGCAGACGCGUCAGAGGCUUUUAGUUCUGCUGUCAAUUCUCAGACAUUCCUGAGUGCUUGUGGGUAAUUUCCACAAAGCUUACCUGCAGUCAAACGUUUGGACAUUCUUCAUUCCGACACUUUUCCACGUGUUAUAAUAGUAAACUGAUGCAAACCGGGAAUGAUGUAGGGAUCAAAACAUGUGACACAAAUUAAAACAGAGUUGAGAUAAUCUCUUUUUCCCUAUUGUGACAUAUAUUCAUGUGUAAUGAUAUGCACGGAUAAAUAAUUUAUAAUAAAUACUGCAAAAUUCCAUAAAAAUAAGAAUUGUCGGUAACACUUUACAAUAAGCCUCCAUUAACUAACAAUGAGCAUUGCAUUUGUUACAGUAUUUAUUCAUCUUUGUUAACGUUAGAUAAUAAAAGUACAUGUUUUCAUUGCUAGCUCAUGUUCUAAAUAAUAAAUAUUUUCUAAAAUAACUAAUAUAGUUAACUAAUGUUGACAAAUGAACACUCCGGGUUAAAAACAACCCAAAAUGGGUUGAAAAUGGACAAAUCCAGUGACUGGGUUGUUUUAACUCAGCGGAACUGAGUUGUUUUAACCCAACGCUUGGGCUACUUUAACCCAGCGAUUGGUUGCUUUAACCCAACAAUUGGGUUGUUUUAAUCCAUUGGUUGGGUUGUUUUUAACCCAGCGAUUGGGUUGUUUUAACCCAGCGAUUGGUUGCUUAACCCAACAAUUGGGUUGUUUUAAUACAUCGGUUGGGUUGUUUUAACCCGGCAAUUGGUUGUUUUAACCCAUCGGUUGGGUUGUUUUAACCCAGCAAUGGGUUGUUUUAACCCAGUGAUUGCAUUGUUUUAACCCAACGAUUGGUUGUUUUAACCCAGCAGGAUUGAGUUGUUUUAACCCAACGCUUGGGCUAUUUUAACCCAGCGAUUGGUUGCUUUAACCCAACAAUUGGGUUGUUUUAACCCAUCGGUUGGGUUGUUUUUAACCCAGCGAUUGGGUUGUUUUAACCCAGCGAUUGGUUGCUUAACCCAACAAUUGGGUUGUUUUAACCCAUUGGUUGAGUUGUUUUAACCCAACGAUUGGUUGUUUUAACCCAGCAGGAUUGAGUUGUUUUAACCCAAUGGUUGGGUUGUUUUGACCCAGCGGUUGGGUUAAAUGUUUGAUCAUCCUGCUGGGCAGUUUUAUUCAACCCAGCUAUUGUUUAAAAAUGGCUAUAUGGCUGACUUAAAAUAAACCCAAAAUAUGUUGGAAAUUAAAAAUCAGACACAUAAUUACUAGAAGCAACAAUAAUAAUCAAAAGGUGAACAUUUAUUAAUAAGCAAUUUAAUAAAUGUUUAUUGUUUAGUUAUUAUUCAUUAAACUUAUUAAUAAAUGUUAACUUCCAACCUAUUUUGGGUUCAUUUUAAGCCAGCGAUAUAUAGUAAUUUUUAAACAACAGUUGGGUUGAUUAAAACUACCCAUCAGGUUGGUCAAACAUUUAACUCAACCGCUGGGUUUGUCCAUUUUCAACCCAACUUGGGUUGUUUUUAACCCAGCAUUUUUUAGAGUGAACCUUUUUGUAAAGUGUUACCAAAAAAAAUGUAAAGAAAUUCAUAUAUAUUCUCAGUUUAUUUUUGUCUGCAAAACGAAUGUCAGUCAUUUAAGCAGAUGCUUUUCGAUCAGAAGGUCUUUAGGAGAACUGCAAACAUAAAUUCAGUCUUUAACGUCCAAACGUUUGAUUGCCGGCGUAUCUCGUGUGUUUUGACUGUAUUCUGUUGCUCUGGAACGGUUGUAAGAUUGUAUUUUGUGGCGUUUUUGACACGGCCUGCGUCUGAUUCUCUCUAAUGCACCUUUUCUGCUCGACUCUGUCAGACGUGCAGGCGUGAUGCGGUCAGGUGUAGAUCUUCACUGUAAAUAAUCUAUAUGUGAGUGGUGUGAUUGGACAGGAGGAAUGUUUUCAGGAUGCUCUCUGGAUCUUGUUUCUGUUGUCAGACCUGUCGGAUCUCCUGGUCUUCGGUCAUGCUGUAUGAACUGCGAUUGUACAGGUGGAAUUAAUGCUGAACAAUAAAUAAAAGGAGGUUUUGCACAAUUUUA